GAGGAGUGUAGAGAGAAAUGAAAUGUAGGAGGAGAGAGAAGAGGGAGGGAAGAAAAGCAGAAUAAAACUCCUCCACCUCUCAGCUGAUAAGUGUGUGUGUGUCUGUCCAUGAGCGUAACUUAGGGAGAGAUACCAGAUCGUGUCAUACAAGGGAAGUGCUAAUGAUGGCUGAAGUGACAGAAACAGAGAUGAUGACUGAGACGGAGACAGAUUCUGACUGUCUGAGUGAAGAGGAGCAAAUGAAGACAAGAAAACAAAGGGGGAAGAGAAAGAUGAUGACUGAGACAGAGACAGAUUCUGACUGGUUGAGUGAAGAGGAGAAAAUGAAGACAAAAAGAAGAAGGAAGAGGAAAAUGAUGACAGAGACUGAGACAGAUUCUGACUGGCUGAGUGAAGAGGAGCACAUGAAUAUGAGAAAUCAAGGGAGGAAGAGAAGGAUGAUGACCAGGAGCUGCAGGAAGAAUGGUCAGCUAAGACUGUCACCUGUCCACAAUUCUAAUCAGGAGAUGCCCACCCAGAGCCCUGCAAGCAUCAUUUCAGGGCCCUCAGUGAACAAGAGGCUGGAAGAACACAUCAGGAACAAACAGGCUCUUUCAGUCUGCUGUGAAAAGAAAGGAGGCAUACUGUAUAAGGAAAAGUUCAACAACAGUGAGCCAUGCAUCCUCUCUGAAGGACAGUGGUUCACACCCUCAGAGUUUGAGAAGUAUGGAGGAAAGGAGAAAAACAGAAAGUGGAGAACUAGCAUCCUUUAUCGCCAGUUUCCUUUACAAACACUCAUAGAGGGGGGCUUUCUUUCAUCUCCAUCAUUUAAACAAAAGAAGAUACAGGAUAAAGAGUCUUCACCUGUUGGCAGGGGCUCAUUGGGACAGCCACGGUGCAGGAGAGCGCUGUUUACAUCCAGUGGAAGUACCAGACAUGUUACAAAUGACCAUACGACUGAGAUUAUUAGCCAGUCCAGCUCAGAUGACAGCAUUAGUUAUGAAGAAGACCCUGCUCAUGUGACACAGUUCCAAGGCAAAUCUUUUCCAGUCACAUGUUCUACAGGGAGAGGGGUUCUAUAUAAAAGUCGCUUUGCUACAGGGAAAUGUGAUAAAUGCAUCAGAACAGAGUAUUCCUGGCUGAGCCCUGAGGAGUUUGUCAAUCUGAACAUGAACAACGGAAACUGGAGACGAGAUAUCACCAGCCAUGGAAAAAGCCUGCGAACUCUGAUAAUGAGCAAGGUGUUAGAAUUUCAUGGAGUCACCUGUGCAUGUUCCACCUGCAGUAAAGAAAACCUGCAGGACCAGGACAAUGAUGACGAGUGUUUCUUCUGUAACUCUGGUGGUGACCUGGUGUGUUGUGAUGAAUGUCCACGAGCUUUCCAUCAUGACUGCCACAGCCUGCCUGCACAGGAUGACACACUGGGGGAUCCAUGGAUCUGUUCCUUCUGCACAGCAGCGAGAGAUUAGAGCACUUUGGAGUCCUGUAACACAACCCUGCACAGAUAGCCACCUCUGUUUACAGUACAUAAUACAAUACAUAUGUAUUUAUAUACUAACAUUCCAUAUUUCAAAAAAACAAACUUGUAGCAUUUGGGGAGAACUCUGUGUACAAUGAAAGCAUGAAUCAAGGUGGCCUGGUUUUAGCACUACAGCAGAUUUGAUUAACCCUAAUGUUAAAACGAGAAUAGGCCCUUUUCACAUUUCCAGGUUCUUAUUUCCAUCGUUUUUUGUUAGCAGGUAAUUGUGUUUCCGGUCAAACCA